AUGCCUCCCUCAGGGGAACAAGUCUACCGUCUCGACAAGGAGCGGCACAUCAAAUAUUGGAAACGGUGCGCCCAGAUACUGCCCGAGCCGUACACGUCCGGCGAAUCCAGCCGCAUGAGCUUCGGCUUCUUUAUCGUCGCGGCGCUGGAUCUGCUGGGCGCGCUGGACACGGUCGUCCCGCCGACCGAGAAGCGCAGCUGGAUCGAAUGGGUCUACAGCUGCCAAGUCGCGCACACAGGCGGGUUUCGUGGUUUCACGGGCACGAUGUUGGCCGGGCUGCGCAGCUACCAUAAUUGGCACUGGGACCCAGCGAACCUGCCCAACACGUUCUUCGCGCUAGCUACGUUGGUGCUCCUGGGAGAUGAUCUGGGGAGAGUCAAAAAGAGAGAGUGUCUCGCGUGGGUGAGGAGCCUGCAACGGCCGAAUGGGAGCUUUGGCGAGUUUCUGGGCGAGGACGACGCCGUGGAAGGGGCAGAUGACCCGAGACACUGCAUGUGCGCGGUGGGGAUUAUGAAGAUCCUACAAGGCAAAGGAGGAGGACGUGAGCAGACGACAAAAGAAAACCAGCCUUUCGACGAGCUGGGCUUGCGACGAUAUAUUGCAAACUGCCAGUCGAUUGAGGGCGGGAUAGGUCAAGCCCCUUUGCUGGAAUCGCACUCUGGGCUGAACUAUUGCGGGAUUGCGACGCUUUCGUUUCUCAGCCUUCUCCAGACUCCCGCGGUAUCGAUUGACGAAAUGGCCAGACAAGCCAAAGUUGACCUUGCCAGCUGUACCCGUUGGAUGCUGGACCGGCAGACCACCUGGAUCGAAGAGGAUGAGGAUGAGGAUGAGAACGAGGAGGACGACGACGAUCAACCCGAAGAUCAACCCGCUCCAGAGCACCACAUCAAACAACUUGGAACCCAGCCAUCAUUAUUUGACUUGUCUUCGAUGCAGGAAGGUCUAGAGCCUGAGAGACUAAUCGCUGGUUUCUGUGGCCGCUGUGGGAAGAUGGCAGACACGUGCUACUGCUUCUGGAAUGUGGGAGCUCUUGCAAUACUCCGUCAGCAUCAUCUGGUCGAUUCCGAGGCAAUGCGAAGAUAUCUGCUCGGGAAAGUCACACAUAUAAUUGGCGGUUUCGCCAAGGGACCCGGAGAACUUCCUGAUCUGCUGCACUCCUAUCUCGGCCUCGCGACGCUGGCCAUAUACAAGGAGCCUGGGCUGAAGGCGUUCGAUCCGACAUUCUGCAUGAGCGUCGAGGCUGUAGAAAGAUUGAACAAUCUGGGAUAG